AUGGACGAGCAAGAGCAGGAAUCCUACAUCCAGCGCCUCGCAGACAACAACAAGGCCCAAAACGCCACCCUCGCCUCCAUCCUGCUCCUCGUCCCUAUCCUCGCCACCAUCCCCUACCUCCCCUCUCUCCCCUCGUUACCCGCGCUCCUCGCGCUCUCUUCCCUGCUCUCCACCGCGUACCUCUUGCGCCGGCUGCCGCCCACCGUCACGGGCCUGCACCCGAUCGACGCGUGGUGCACGGGGACAGGCGGCGCCGCCGGGCUAGCGCGCAGCCCGCUGGACCAGAACCUGCCGUACCUGAACGCGCUCCUGGCCGCGCUGCUUGCGUUUUGGGGCGCCGCCGUGGCGUACAAGGCGCGGAACUUUGACGGCGGCGUCGGCGAGGGAGUCAUGCCGGGAAAGAGUGCGAGCGGUGCGUUAGCGUGGCCCAUCAUGUGUACGCUGCCCGCGGGCGUCUACGGUGUUGUGCUGCUGGCGAAAAUAGUCAUGGCGGGCGUCGAUCCGGAAAAGGAGCUCUCGGCGCUGCGGUACGACUACAAGGGGGCAUAA